AUGCUGCCGUUAGAAGCACUAUCCCCGGUUAAGAUACAAAGCAUAACCAUGUCAGGGGUAAAAAGGAAAAUUGAAGGAAAUGAUCCAGACUAUGAGGACAUUGCUCUUGUCCAAAACAAAAAGAGAAACAAAGCGGAUGAACACAGUGCUCGAGAAGCAACAGUACUUAAGAUUGAAAACAUAAUAAGGGAACAGUUUUCAAUGGAGAUGAAAAACAAAGAGCAUGAAAUUGAAGUGAUAAAUCAGAGACUUCUUGAAGCCAGGCGGAUGAUGGACAAGCUCAGGGCAUGCAUAGUGGCUAACUACUAUGCAAGUGCUGGUUUAUCCAAGAACCCUGAACAGACUGCAAAGAGUGAUCCUGCUGUAUUCAAUCAUCCUGCUAUCAAAAAGUUUCUAGAACCACCAUCUCGGUCCUCCUCUCCUCUUAACCAAGAUUCUGAGACUCCAUCACUGGGUCAUUCUGAGUCAGAGUCCCUCUCUCAGCAAGGAGAUGGAGCUGAAAAGGAUGGAGACGUGGCCUGGAGGGAAAAUUGCAGCAGACAAGAGCGUAGGCCUGGGCGGAACACUGGCAAGGAUACUUUUGGUGUGCCUUUAUGUCUUGGUGCGGAACCUAGAGUGACUUACCACACUACAGGAGAUGAGGCUUCAAGACUUUAUGCGAAGAAGACGAUAGUAGUUGGGAACGUAUCAAAGUAUAUUCCUCCUGAUAAGAGAGAGGAAAAUGACCAGUCGACCCAUAAGUGGAUGGUGUAUGUCAGAGGCUCCAGGAGAGAACCCAGUAUUGACCAUUUUGUGAAGAAAGUUUGGUUCUUUCUUCAUCCCAGUUACAAGCCCAAUGACCUUGUGGAAGUCAGUGAACCUCCAUUUCAUUUGACUCGUCGUGGCUGGGGUGAAUUUCCUGUGAGAAUCCAGAUUCACUUCAACGAUCCUCGAAAUAAACGUGUUGACAUAAUACACCAGUUAAAACUGGAUCGAACGUACACAGGUCUUCAGACAUUAGGAGCAGAGACUGUGGUUGAUGUUGAGCUUCAUCGAGACUCUCUUGGGGAGGACUUUAUCCCUCAACCUUCAUCAUCCAAGAUGGCUCCGAGGGAAUCCAGCCCCAUCUCCGGAACAUCCCUGACCACAACACACAGACCCCCAAGCUCCCCCAUCUCACAUGAACCACAUGAACAAAAGAGUUUUAAUAUUGCUGCUGGAGAACGAACUCCAACUCGACCUAAAACUGCUGAUCGGGUCACUCUUGGUUCCCUGUGUACCUCUGCCUUUCAACCAAUCACAAGUAGCUGUAAAAUUGUCCCUCAAGGACAGCCGCUCAGUCCUGCUGAGUCCCCAGGAAAGUUAUUUCAACCAAUCACAAAGAGUUGUAAAAUAGUUUCAGGUUCACCAAUCUCUACUCCAAGCCACUCACCACUACCACGCACACCCACGGCGUCCACCCCUGCCCACAGUAAGCAGACCUCCUCCUCCUCACUGCCCAACAAUCCUUCAUCUGCGGCACUCACAGUAGCUGCUUCGGGAAGUCCUAUGUCCAAAUCGGUGACUCAGGGAACUCGCUCUCCUGGACCUAAAGUUCACACUGGCACUUUACUAUCUUCAGGAUUAAAGGUCAUCAUAAAGCAGGAGCCUGGGGAAGUCUCCACACACCAGCAGAUGGCCUCCACAGCAGCCAGCCCCCAGCAGCAGUCCCCCUCUGCUGCUGCUCACCAGCUUGUGGCUGUGAAAGGAGGUCACAUGAUAUCUAUGUCAGCGCCAAAACCGUCAGGGACAACCACUGGGAAGAUGGGCAUCCCAGUCAGCUCCACUCUGCAGUCUGCUGUCAAACAAGUGGCAAUCAGCAGCGGACAACUCCUUGUUACUAAAGGAAGCUCAUCCAGCUCCAAAGUUAUUGGUGGGAAGCAGGUUUUGGCUCAAGGUGUUGCAAAGGCCAUUGUUAGCGGCUCAACAGGGCUCAGUCAGACGCCUGGGGCCAAAGCAACUGGAAGUGGCAAGAGUGGAGUUAUGGCCACUCUACAAUUACCUGCCAACAAUCUGGCAAAUCUGGCAAACCUUCCUCCAGGCACCAAGCUUUAUCUCACUACAAAUAGUAAAAAUCCCUCCGGAAAAGGAAAGCUACUUCUCAUCCCACAAGGAGCUAUUCUUCGAGCUUCAAGUGCAGGUCAGCAGUCUCAAAGCAGCUCGACUCCCAGCUCUGGGGGCACACAGAGUUCCUCUUCUACCUCUUCCAGCCUCCCAUCAAACCUCUCCUACACAUCGUACAUCCUUAAACAAACCCCACAGGGCACAUUUCUGGUUGGGCAAUCGUCACAGAGCUCAAAGCAGGCAGGAGGCUCAGGUUCAGCUGGUCAUUCAGCUUCAUCUUCUCCAAGUGGUUCUCCGCAGGCUAUUCGGGUCACAGCUGGACAAAAAGCCGCUAUUUUAGCUCAGGUGGUUGGCGGCUCUCAGGGCACUCAGGUGAAGCUUUCUGAUGGAUCUGUCAAGACCGUUCCAGCUGCAGCUGGUCAUUUGUCUAAACCAGGAACAACCACUUUGCGAAUGACCGGUGGAGUCAUAACAGCUGCCAGCACCACUCCCAGCUCGGGCACAGCAUCAGCACUCGGCCAACAGCAGGCUUCUGAAGUUGGAAAGGCUACGUCGCAUCAGCACUCGCUACUGAUGGCAGCAAACCAAGCAGCAGUAAUCAGUGCAGCUAAAAAUGCCAGCUCUGCACUUGGGGGAAGUUUAUCAAAGGCCACAGUGACCACACUGGUCAAAGGCAGCAGCAACGCGGGAGCUAAAAGUGCAGCAGGUUCAGCUGGUUUAGGAGGAGCCGCCAAUAAAUCCAAUACGCCUGUUGUGAGCAAGAACACUGGGGCAGGGGCGGUGGUCAGUGUGUCCAAAGGCAGCAGUACAUCACUUAUUACUGCAGCCUCAUUAUUGAGUGGACCGGCUGCAGGAACAGGGAAAACCACAGCUACUCUCUCAGGUAUGUUGAAGAUUCAUGCCAGUGGUUCUGGCUCCCAACCGACGCUGCUAACUAUCCCAGUCAAGCAGCUGGGGGUGGGCGCAGGGUCAGCAGGCCUGCAAACAGUACUCAUGCCUGUUGGAAAAGUAAAAACUGAACCUGGAGCAGUCUCCGCUGGUCCAUCAACUCCUGUCACAUCCUCUCAACAAAUGUCCAUCCCUGCGCCUUCAACCGCUGUCAAACAGGAGCAGGGGCUUGAAACACCACACAACCUCAUUGAUACGGAGCACAUGGAGACCAUGACGCAGCUUCUGACUGCAGUAGUAAAGAAAUUCCCUUUGAUCGUACCAAAUAAAACUGAAGAUUGCCAUCCUUUCUGUGCCUCUUCUGCUGAGCAGUAUUAUUCCUGGAAUAUUGGCAAACGACGAGCUUCAGAGCUUCAGCGUGCUGUGGCCGUGAAGCGUGUUGUCCAGGACGUGUUGGACCGCUCUCCGCGCCUCCAGGCUUUGACUCCUCCUAAAACCAGGGAAGUGGUGCAGUGGUGUCGACAGAGGGCCUACACGCCCCCGGACCCUGAGCCCCAGCGCAAGAACGAUGAUGAGUUGAUGGAGGACAUCCUCACUCAGAUCGACAGCGAGCCAGAAUGCCCUUCGACCCUGUGUAGUUCAGAGGAGCUGCUGCAGCGGCUGGAGCAGAUGCAGGCCGUUCUGAAGACGGAGCCGGAGGAGUUGGAUGACGAGAUUGUGGACAUCAUCUCUGUGUCGCCUCCGUGUCACAGGCUCAAGGUCAAAGAAGAGGAGCAGGAGACCGACUCUGAGCCUAAAUUCUUCAUGGGACCCAGCGCUUCUGACCAGUUCGUCAGUGAAACCGCACAGCAGAUUGGGGUGAGCUUCCAGCCUGUGGAAGUUGACAAAAAUGUGUUUUCUCCAGUAAUUGAAGCCAUGAUUUUGAAGGCCACAGAGCAGUUUGCGAGUGACGUCCUAAGAGAAGCGUUGGCAGUGGCCUAUUCCAAAUCCUCUCAAAACAGGACCCCCAGAGAAGUCACCGCCAUGAACGUCCACCAGGCCCUCGGCAGAAUCCCCACAUGUGACUUCCUCUCCAACGCACACAUGGGCUUUUUUAUGAAGAACAAUUAA